AUGUUCUCUUGGUUGAACGGACCUGGUCGCGUGUUCCGUGAACCUCUCCAGGGCUCGACCAAUUACCUGGGUGCAUACGACAGAAGUGGAAACUUGCUCCGUCUGAGAUACGGUGCAGAGCAGGAGAAUGAAGAGGAAGAUAAGAUCGACGAGUCGAAGCUCAGUGAUGAGGAGAAGGCCAAGCGCAUCGAGGAGAAGGAGGCAAAGGAGAAGGAGGAUAGGCACAAGAUGCCGAAAGAGCGAGCAUCAGAUCUUCGACCAUAUCCGUUAAACAACGACUUCCGCAGUCAGUCUAUUCUGAGCGAGGAAUUGCGCGAAGAGCUAUACAAGAAGAUUGUCGACGAGAAGGUCGAUCUGUCGACUGUCAGUGCUCUGUACGGUGUCGACAUGCGCAGAGUGGCUGCUGUUGUCCGACUGAAGGCAAUUGAGAAGAACUGGGUCUCAGAGGGCAAGAAGCUCGCUACACCAUACGCAGAGGCAGUCAUGCAGAUGGUACCGCAAACACACUUCAACCGCAAGCUUCUCGAAGAUCCCAAGAAGAACUUCUCACACGAGUCGAUCAACGAUCUUCCUGUCCACCCCUACACACGCCAGCAGAUCUUCUACCCGACAUCCGAGUCUCGCCAAUUCACGCGUGCCGACGCAGCAAAGGUCUUCUCGCCCACGCUUCUCUCUGCAGAUGAGCGGAUACCUCUGUCCGAAUUGAUCGACAUCGAAAAGGACGCAAUCAACAACGUUCCACGUGAGGAGCGUACAGCGCGCAUCCGCGAGCGAGCAGAGAAGAAGCUCGCCGCAAAGCUGGAGAAGGAGCGUAAGCAAAAAGAGUGGGAGGCCAGAAACGUCAAGGUUGUAAGCAACCAGCGCUGGAACUUCCGCUUCGAGAGCAUCAACGUCGAAGAGGCAGGCAAGGACGGGCGCGGCAGACGUGGUGUCGGGUGGAGAUAUGGAAACCCUCACCACGACCGUGAGAGAGGCGAAAUCAAGCUUCCCACAAGCGUCGAGUAG